CAUCCUAACAUCUCUCCCUCCCCCUCUAAGGUUCCCUACCUCCGCCUCCGCUGCUCCCUACCCUCCUGUCUCUGUCUGGCCAGUUGAACUUCUUUCCUACCUUUUGGCGUCGUUCUUCCUCCCUCCUCGCGUCCCUCUCGUUGCACGUUCGGCGGCCAACCGCAGUCGUCCAGCGCGUUUGCCCUCGUCGCGCGGACCUGCCACUCCGACGGCUACCAGGAGUAGCUGCACGCGCGCACGAGGUGCCUAGGGGCCUGGAGGAGGUCCGAGAAGACACGCCGUAACCACUGGGGCUCGGACAACCGGCGUCGCGCCAAGUGAAGUUGAACGGUCCAGGGGAACCACGAUCGAUCGACGAUCCCUCGUUUUCGAUCGGCCGCGCGACACCCUCAAAGGGGGAGGUUCUCAGGUAUUCUGUGAAUCUAUAUAUUGGAAAGAAGCACCGAAUCGGAAAGGAACUGUGAAGAAGGUGCUUGCGCAGGAAGUGUACCUAAGGUGCGACAGUAGGAGUUUCUGGCGAAUGACAACUGGAAGAGAGUGUUGACACUUGGAGAGGAAGAUCUGAAUGCUGUUGGCACCUACAAAAGGAGCUUUGGACGCUAUUGACACCUAGAAAAAGAGGUUCAAAUGCUCUUGACUUUUGGAAAAGGAGGUUCAAGCGCUAUUGACACGUAGAAAAAGAGUUUCAAAAGCUAUCGACAUCUGGAAAAGGAGUUUCGAGCUCUAUCGACACCUGGAAAAGAAACUUCGAACGCUAUCGACACCUAGAAGAGGAGUUUCAAACGCUGUUGACACCUGGAAAAGUUGACAGAGUGAGCCUUGACACGAAAGCUAGAAGUGUAACUUAUAGUCUAUCCCAAGAAACCUUAAGCAAUUACGCUAGAGCAGUUAAGAACCUCCCGACAGAAGAUACAUAGAUUCACAAAAUCUUGAGCAUCAGUGUCGAAGUAAUGGACUCCCGCAGAAGGAAGGAGACGACCUGACGGCGACCUGACGUUUCUCCAUCGAAAAACGCUCGAGGAUGACAUUUCGUCCGCGUCUUACGGAACAGUGUCGAUCGAAGAGUCAUUAGAGGAACAAUCGACGAGGUCGCCUUCCGACAGUGUGUUCCAGAGAGAAACUCUAUCGUAGGUGUAUCAUUAUAGAGUCUGGUUUCACCUUCUUCCCGCGCAUUUGCAUCUCGUUGCCGUGAAAGCGGAAUCGCUUCACCCGGGCGCCGAAACGCCGCAAAAGUGUCACGGAGGAUCGUGCCCGAAGAAUUAGGACGUCGUUGGAGAUCGAGCGAUCCGAAGAUUAGGGAGCCAGGAUCGACGGGAACUGUCAGGGCGAACGGCUUCUUCUAACCGCGACGAGGGAAGAAGAUUGGAAGAUUGGAAACGAAUACGCACGGAAAGAAUUGGAGCCCGCUAAGAGAAAAAUCAACAGGUUAUCGGAGAAAUCCUUGGAUCAAUAUGCCGCAUACAGGUCAAGCAGGCGUUAAUCAAUUGGGUGGUGUCUUUGUUAACGGAAGACCGUUGCCCGACUGCGUUCGGCAAAGAAUAGUGCAACUCGCUUUGGUCGGUGUCAGACCUUGCGACAUCUCGAGACAGCUUCUCGUCUCUCACGGAUGUGUAUCGAAGAUCCUGACGAGAUUCUACGAGACGGGGAGCAUUCGACCAGGAAGCAUCGGGGGAAGCAAAACGAAACAAGUGGCCACCCCGACGGUCGUGAAGAAGAUUCUACGAAUGAAGCAAGAGCAACCGACCAUGUUCGCCUGGGAAAUUCGCGAGCAGCUCGCUCGACAAGGAGCCUGUGAUCCGCAAAGCUUACCCUCUGUUUCGUCUGUGAAUCGAAUUCUGCGAGGGGGAGGUCUUCACACAGAUCACGCGGGGAUCGAGAAUGGCUCUCCUAGCACGUACGCUUCACAGGUGUCGCCAAACGUUGCUAACAGAGAGGCGCUGAUGAGAACAGACUACCAGCUAUUUUAUCCAGGAGCCCUGGGACCACUCCACAUUUCCACCACUUCCGGUAACACCGGCGCACCAUCUUGGAAUCCAAGCUUCUACUCGUCCCUGUACCAAGCGACAACGCUGCACUUGCAUCAUGGAAUGCAAACGUUCACAUCUUUGGACGUGGAGCGUCUGUCCGAGCAAAAUGGAGCGACGAACCAGGUCGAGCUCAAGUCCAGCUCGAGCUCCAUGGCGGGCAGCGACGACUCCCUGGACAAGAGCGACCUGGACGAGAACACGGAGUCCCAGGACCACUACAAGCCCUUCCAGAAUUCCCCGAUGAUACUAGAACUCGGCCAGAAGAUCGGCAGCGACCGCAGCGCGUUCGUUAGACACAGUACAUCGGGAUCUUCUGGGAGUCCACCGCCGAUCGCAACGGAAAAUCAGAAGAGCAGGAUUCCGGGGACAGGAAACGAACAGAGCACGGCGAGCAAAGAAACGGCGGUCGAAGAGAAGCCUGUGCAACCUCAGAGGAAGAAGAACCCGUACUCGAUAGAGGAGCUCUUGAAGAAGGACGAGAGCAAAACCACCUCGAAGAGGCCGAAAUUGACGAACAUCGGCGUGGUACAACCCUGCGGGAUCGUCCUCAACAAGGAGAUCUGAACGAAGUGGGAUCGUACUUCGGAAGGAACGAGGAUCGUCUAGCGAUAGAGGCUAAGCUAACUAUCUAGAUCGGUGGUUUUUAAACUAAACAGGAUUCAAAGAGUGGUUUUAAUGUGGAAACACGUGGAUGAGUUGAUCUGUAUCGUUUAAAAGAUGUUUGAAUAGCACUGAUCUAGAUUUUGGAUUUCGGUGGAUCAUCGUAUACGCGAGAACCUUUUGCGGAUAUUUAUGCGUUGUAGACAUUUUUUGAGAAAGAUGGAGGUGUUACUUUAGGACGCAAGAAAUAGAGGCUAGAAGAUAUUAUAGAGAGUUGUAUAUAUCGACGAGUCGCUGAGGAAAUGAGGCAGUGUUUUUCAAACAUAUAACAGUAUUGGAAUAAUGCCCUCCAAUGAGGCCGUGACCAUUUCGAUUUUCUUCUUCUAAACUUUGUAUAAAAUUAAAUAAAACCUUCGAUUUGAAUUCAAUAGAACUUUUCAUAAAUAUACUUAUUUAAAAAAAAGACAAUUUUAAAAUACGCAAUUUAAGAAAUUCUACCCCACGGAAUUCGCCAAUUCGUUUUUUACAACGUUGAUCGAGCGAAGUUUGAGAAACAUUGCCUCAUGGAAUGCUAAACUUGGGUUUGUAUUUGAUAUUUGUGACUCCGUGUCUAAACAUGUCGAUAUUUAUAAUGUAAUACUUACAAAUUAUAAAGUUGAGAAGAAGCUUACUCGUUUCGCUGAUUAAACAAAUUUCAAUUACAGUCAAACACGUUAAAUUAGAAUUUAAUUGAGUAAAAAAUACCUUAUCAACCCCUAUAAAUACUUAGUUAUGGCCUCUGCAAAGGCGCCAACUUAAAUGAUGUAAAUUCAGGUCAGUGGCGCCAUCUGCACCACUUCUAGUUAACUUAUUUUAGCGGUCGUUUUAAAAUCAUCAAAACCCUCCAACAGGUUUCUGAAACUCACAAGGAAAAAAAAUUAGUCUAAAUCUAUUAUCAAUUUACAAUGAAAAGAUAAUAAUAAAGAACGACUGUCAAAGUAUCGAUACUUCGUCGUUUAGCGCCACGGGUACGUGGGGACGCUACCCCUCAACAGCCCUCAUUUUCCAAGGGAGCUGCCCUGCGGACUAUUCAGACUUCUACAAAAAUAUGUAAUAAUACGAAUAUCAAUUUUGUCUUCAUUUGAAAACAAGAAGAUACUUAAAAUUCUAAUUUUCACACAAAUAUCAAAUAUAAACUUGUUGAUCAGUCUUAGUUGACAAAAGGAUGGAUGAACAGUAUUUUCAGAUGAUGAGGAAUAUUUCUUUAAUCCUUUAACCUUUGCUGAGACUUACUGUUUCGCAUACUUCAAUAUCAAUGUUUGUUUAAUUUUAUAGAUAUCGCUUUCGUUGGUUAAAGGAUUACAGUAUAUUCUGCGAAUAAGGAAUCCAAAAAGAUCCGUGUGACGCAAAGAAUGUAAUAUUAAAGUAGACAUGUAACAUAAUUUACCAAAAACUAAGAGGAACAUAAACGUUCUGUAUUUAUAAAGUCACAUUACAACCGAAACUAUAAUUAGUAUGGCUUUAUCGAUGUCCGAAAAUUCCACGAUAUAACAGCGAUUGUCGUUGUACUAUGAUAUUAAAACGUAAUAAGUUGUAUUAGCAUCAAUCGUCGAACAUGUAUUGUUGACUGCAAUAUCGUAGAGUACACGUAAGUCUGUUAAGCUAAUUUAUAACUAAAUUAUUAUUUUUAUUCCUUCCCCCGCGUUCGACACCGUUGACGCUCUAUCUUCAGCACGAGAAGUCAUUGAAGCAUGCAUAACGACACAACAAUAAACGAUAAAAAAACGUAUCGAUAUUAUAGUUGUUCUAAGAGCUCCCUAAUAGUUUCAGCACGAUCAAUUUUUCUGAUCGCUGAUGCGCUGUUUCCCUAUGUUGUAUAUUAUACUUUUCAUGUGUUGUGUGUUGUAUCAUUUUGUCUUGAUCAAAUGAGACAACGCUAUUAUUAUAAUGUACGAUAUUUAAUUUUAAUAAGUCAAAGAAGCUUUGACAUUCUAAUAAAGUGAAAUGACUAGUAACCUUAAGCAAAUGCUUACUUUGAAUUGCUAGAAUCUUCCAAAAAGGGUUUUAGGAAUGUAUCAUUACAAUAAAAUCCUGAAACCUUUUUUGCAAUACCCUUUACAAUAUAUCUAAACCUAAUUUACUAAACAUCGACAGCCCUUAUUACUUCAAACAUUUGGAACAUCUGGCACGAAGAGGUGUCUCCAAACGUGGCAUGUCGUAAAGUGCAAGAAGAAGAGGAGAAGAGAUGAAGAGGCCACGUUAAAACAAGGGCCCAAGGUCGUUCGAAAGCGCGAUUAGCCCGUAACUCGAGCUGGAAGUAUUCCAAGCUCGGCCAUUAAACCUGUGCAAUUAAACGAAAGCCUAAUAAAGCAAUGGCAAUAAAGCACGCAUGGAGCAUCAAGGCGACGAACGUGGCAAUGCCAUAAACGAUUCGGUCCAAGUGUAUCACACGGGGACCACAGCGUGUAUAAUCUAGGUAUAUGUGCUCCAUAACGCACAGUAAAACGUCGGACCGUGUAAAAUGAAGAAGGAAUUAAAUAGCGGAUCGCGACGCAAGCUCUCUUUUGCAUUUACAACGUUGUAAAACUUUUUUAUCCGCCUUCUCGUCGCGAGCAGACUAAUUAAUGCACUAUAAAACGCUAAUGCCUCGGCGUACAGCAAUUUAUAUCUGGCUUUAGCAGCCUGAAUGCAUUCUAAAAUAUCACACUGUGUAGUAUAGGUUCUCCAUUGCACCAGAGAAAUUUAAUUCUCAUUCAUUCUAUGGCUAUCUCUAAUCAAACUAUAA